AUGCCUACGAAGAAGAUCAAACGCACAACCACCACCACCACCACGACUACCAAGUCUUCUAAGUCGGCAAAGGUAUCGAGUACCUCGAAGAAGAACCCACUGUUUGCAUCGACGCCUAAAAAUUUUCGCAAGGGCAAUGACAUUCAGCCUAAGCGUGAUCUGUCCCGUUUCGUUCGUUGGCCACGUUACGUCCGCCUCCAGCGUCAGCGUAAGAUCCUAUACCAGCGCUUGAAAGUACCACCAUCGAUCAAUCAAUUUUCCAACACUGUGGAUAAGAACGUGGCUACUGAUCUAUUUAAGCUGUUGCUCAAGUACCAACCUGAAACUAAGGCUGCUAAAACUUUGCGUUUGCGUAACAUUGCUGCCGGAAAGCAGGAAGCAACGGCGCCACCUGCAGUUGUCAAGUUUGGUUUGAACCACGUUACCUCCCUGAUUGAGAACAAGAAGGCUAAGCUUGUAGUGAUUGCCCACGACGUGAACCCUAUUGAGCUUGUCGUAUUUUUGCCUGCUUUGUGCCGUCAAUUCGACAUUCCAUACUGCAUCGUCAAGGGAAAAGCUCGUUUAGGUCAACUCGUGCACCAGAAAAAUGCCGCUGUGGUGGCUCUGACACACGUGAACAAAGAAGAUAAAGCCAAAUUCGACUCGCUUUCACAAGUCUUCCGUGCAAAGUUUAACGAGGACUCUGCUACCCGUCGUAAAUGGGGUGGUGGUAUCAUGGGCUUGAAGACCCAAAAGAAGCUUGAGUUGCGCGAGAAGGCGAUUGCCGCCGAGGCUGCCAAGAAGGCUCAGUACUAA